AUGGAUAGAGAUAGAGAACGUUCUGGUUCUAUAAACUGUCCACCUUUUUUUAAUGGGAAUGAUUAUUCUCAGUGGAAAAUUAUGAUGCAAGCCUUCUUACAUUCACAGGAUGAACAUAUCUGGAAUAUUGUUGAAUUUGGGUGGGAGGUUCCCACAAAGGAAACUAAGUCUAAAGAGAGUGAGAGUUCUGCUUCCGUAAAAGAACCUAAGCCUAGGCAAGAUUGGUCUAUAGCUGAAGUGCGUGACUUUAACAAUGAUGUUAAAGCACGACACAGCUUGUAUACGGCUCUUUCUAUGAAAGAAAAGAAGCGUAUUGGAACUUGUAAGACUGCGAAGAAGGCAUGGGAUCUUCUUCAAAUGACUUAUGAAGGAAACAAGAAAGUUAGGACUCAGAAACUUCAGAAAUUAAUUUCUGAGUUUGAGACAAUGACUAUGGGAGAUGAUGAGUCCAUUGAUGAUUUUCAUUCUAGGCUUAUAAAUGUGACAAAUGAGUGUGAUAGUCUUGGUGAUCCUAUUGCUGAGAAUAGGAUUGUAAAGAAAUUCCUUAGGUCCUUACCUUUAAGUUUUCAAAAUAAACAAACUGCCAUUGAAGAAGUUCAGGAUUUAGAUACCUAUACCUUAGAUGAACUUCUUGGGAAUCUUCAAACUUUUGAAAUGAAAAUCAGGCCAGAUAAGAAAGUAAAAACCAUUGCCUUGAAUGCUGUUAGGAGAGUGGAUGAAAAGCCAAAAGAGUUAGUAAAGGAAAAGGAUAGUGACUCCGAUUUUACUGCUGAAGACUUUGCUCUCUUAACCAAACAUUACAAAAAGUUUUUAAGGUCUGGUAAUUCGUUUCAAAAUUCCAAGAACUUCUCUGGGUCUAGUUCUAGGAGAAAUAUGAGCGGUGACUAUUCUUCUGAAAAAGACACUAAAGCUAGGUUUACCUAUAAGAAACCUUCUGUUGAUAAACCUAAGUGUUUUGAGUGUCAGGGUUUCAGACAUCUUGCAGCAGAUUGUGGAAAUAAGAGAUUCAAGGCUCGUUCAAAUAAGGCUAUGAACACCACCUGGAGUGACUCUGAGUCUGACACUCAAUCUGAGUGUGGUGAAGACAAUGUUGCCUUAACUGCUGCUCUUCAUCCUUCAUCCUCAUGUGAGUAUGAAGAAAAUGAUCUUGAUGAUGAAGAAACAAAUGAUCAAGCCAUGGCUGACAAAUACCAAGAAAUGUGUAGAGCCUCGACCAAAAUGUUGAAGCUAAAUCAAUCUUUGAGUGAAAAACUUUGUCUGGUAGAACAAGAAAAGGAGGGGAUUGCUAAGCACAUGCAAUCCUGCACAAAAAACUGGGAGAUCGAGAAGUCAGUGUAUGUUGGGUGUAUAAAGAGCUUACAAGAUAAUUUGGAUACCCAAAUUAGUCUUGUUAACUCCUUGUCUUCUGAAAAACUGAGCUUAGAAUUUUCUUUGAAAGAAUCUCAAGAAUUUUUUUUAAAGUUUUCAAUAAGUUCUGACAAAGAUUCAAAAAUGAUAGGCAUUGGAAAAGUUGGAGGGGACAAGAAGGGAAUAGGAUUCUCUGACAGCACUUCUUCUAAGGACUCAAAACCCAUCAGACCCAGGUGUAAUCGUCUCAAGAAACACUCCCAAGUAUCCAGUGUGUCUAAAAGACAUAUGACAGGUGACAAGAGCUGGUUCACUUCUUUCUCAGACGAGUUCACAUGUGGAUCUGUUACUUUUGGAGAUGGAAGGAAAGCAAAGGUAAUCGGUAAAGGGAGUGUUUGCACACCAGGUAUCCCCAACUUACAGAAUGUUUUAUAUGUGGAAGGGUUGCAUUCAACUCUGAUCAGUGUGAGUCAAAUGUGUGAUGAUUAUGAAGGUGUUUAUUUCAACAAAGAUAACUGUGUUGUACUUGAUAAUGUUGGCAAAAGUAUCAUGGGAGGAAAGCGGUCCAAAGAUAAUUGUUUCUGCAUUCAUGCAAAUGAAACUAACAUGUCUCAGGUAUGCAUGAAGGUCAAAACCACAAGUGAUAUUUUGGAACUUUGGCACCAACGGUUGGGGCACAUCAACUUUCAAGAUCUUGUGAAGUUGUCCAGCAAGGAAGGAGUACGUGGCUUACCAAAAUUAAGUGGACAAACAGAUAUUGUCUGUGAAGGUUGCAAGCUUGGUAAACAAAUAAGGAGUUCACACCGUGUAAUCAAUGAAAUCACAACCUCCCAACCCUUGGAUCUAAUGCACAUGGAUUUAGUCGGACCCAUUCAGAAAGAAAGUAUAGGAGGUAAGAAGUAUAUACUUGUCCUUGUUGAUGAUUUUACACGAUUCACAUGGGUAAACUUUUUGAGAGAAAAAUCUGAUGCUUUCACUAGUUUUAAAGGGCUAUGCAAAAGGAUUUUAAAUGAGAAAAGCUCUUUGAAUACCAGCAUUGUUAGGAUUAGAACAGAUCAUGGAACUGAAUUUCAAAAUUCAUCUUUUGAUAAUUUUUGUGAUGAACAUGGAAUUAUGCAUGAAUAUUCUGCACCUAUCACACCGCAACAAAAUGGUAUUGUUGAAAGGAAGAACAGGGUUUUGAUUGAAAUGGCAAGAGUAUUGCUGUGUGGUUCUGGAAUUGCUCACAUUUUCUGGGCAGAAGCUGUCAACACAGCGUGUUACACCACAAACCGUGUUUUUCUUCGCUCAGGUACUGAGAAAACCCCUUAUGAACUAUGGAAAGGUAAGAAACCCAAUGUAAGUCAUCUGAAAACCUUUGGUAGUCCUUGUUUUAUUUUUCGUGAUAGAGAAUAUCUUGCAAAGUUUGAUGCUCGUAGUGAUAAUGGAAUUUUCCUUGGAUAUUCAUCAAAUAGUCGAGCUUAUAGAGUGUACAACAAGAGAACAAAAUUUGUUCUUGAAACGAUCAAUGUAACUAUUGAUGACUCUGUUGCUCACUCUGUGCCUUUCUUUGCAGAUGAUGAUUACUCUCCUCUUAACAAUAAUCAAGGACAAUCUGAGAGUGAAAGUGACCAAGAGCCAAAUAAAAUAAAUGAGGAAUUAUUUGGUGCUCCUUCAGUACAUAGACAAGGACAUAAGCAAGUUCAAAAAGACCAUUCUAUUUCGGAUAUCAUAGGUGGUCUGAACGAUGGCUUAAAAACCAGAAGUCAAGUGACAAAUACGCCACAGGGAUUCACAGACCCCCACAAUCCUGAUCAUGUUUACAAACUAAAGAAAGCUUUGUAUGGAUUGAAACAAGCCCCUAGGGCUUGGUAUGAACGUCUGUCUGCUCAUUUACUGAGCAAAGGUUAUGAGCGUGGGGCAGUGGAUAAAACUCUUUUUGUUAAGAGAAUUCACAAGCACAUAUUGAUAGCCCAAGUAUAUGUGGAUGACAUCAUAUUUGGGUCUACCUCUGUAACUCUUGUGAAAGAGUUCACUGCAGCGAUGGAGAGUGAGUUUGAAAUGAGCAUGUGUGGUGAAUUGAAUUAUUUUCUGGGUGUGCAAGUUCAACAACUACAAGAAGGUAUGUUUCUGUCACAAUCCAAGUAUGCAAAAAACUUGGUGAAAAAGUUUGGGAUGGAAACAGCAACUGCAAUCCCCACAUCCAUGAGCACGAGCAUAAAAAUAAGUGAGGAUAUUGCUGGAAAAAGUGUUGAUCAAACACUAUACAGAAGCAUGAUAGGGAGUCUACUAUAUCUUACUGCAAGUAGACCAAACAUUUCGUUCAGUGUUGGUGUGUGCGCACGACAUCAAGCAAAUCCCAAAUUAUCUCAUCUUGAGGCAGUUAAGCGCAUCAUCAGAUAUGUCUCAGGUUACUCGGACUCAGAUUGGGCAGGAAACUUGGAUGAUCGACGUAGCACUUCCGGUGGGUGUUUCUUUGUUGGAAACAACCUGGUAUCAUGGCAUAGCAAGAAGCAGAAUUGCAUUUCUCUAUCCACUGCUGAAGCGGAAUAUGUUGCAGCUGGAAGUUGCUGUACACAGAUGUUAUGGAUGAAACAAAUGCUCAUGGAUUAUGGUUUCAAUCAAGUUGAAAAAGACAUACUUGAACUUGACUUUGUGCCCACUGAACAUCAGUUAGCUGAUUUGCUUACUAAACCCCUUGAUCACACUCGUUUCGAAUCACUUCGUAAAGCUAUUGGGUUGUUUCUGCAUUACAUUCGUGAUAUGCAUCCACCGGCUGCUGAUGAACCUCUUGCCUCUCCGCCGACGCCUCGCUCUGCUGCUGCUGCAUCUCCUGACACUAAUCAUUGUUCUACUUCCACUAUUCCUGACGAGCAUGUUUGUGUGGAGGAUACUGAGCCUGUUGAAAAUGUUGUAGAAGAUACUACUGUUCUGUGUGUUCCAUUCUCCGUUGACAUGGGAAGCUAUCACUUUUCUCUCCCAACUGGUGUCCGUAUUGAGUAUAUUGAUUAG